UGGCUGCCUGCGAGGGGCCGGGCGGGAAGGGAGGAGCCAGCCCACAGACAGCUUUUGGGUCACAUCUGCGGGAUCCCGAGGUGCCUUAGCUAACAGGCUAGGAAAGCUCUACGCACGCGGGGCCGAGCUGGAAUCUGCAGCCGAUCAGUGAGCUGAGGCAACCCCAUCCGGUACAAAUAUGUCCUUUAUCCCCGUGGCCGAGAACUCGGAUUUCCCCAUUCAGAACCUGCCGUACGGAGUCUUCUCCACGCCAGAGAGCAAGUUGUGACUUGCGGAGAUCAUCUAGGAAGAUAGAGAUGGAGCUGGGAAGAGACCCCAAUCUAAUCCUCAUUUUAUAGCCAAGACAAAGAAUUGGUGUGGCGAUUGGAGACCAGAUAUUGGAUCUCAGUGUGAUUAAGCACCUAUUCAAUGGUCCUGUUCUUUCCCAUCACCAGGAUGUCUUUGAGCAGCCAACUCUUAAUAGAUUCAUGGGCUUGGGUUAUGCUGCUUGGAAGGAGGCAAGAAUGUACCUGCAGAACCUGCUUUCAGCUGGGAAAGCAACUUUGAGAGAUGAUGCUGUUCUACGGAAACGUGCAUUUACACCUCAGGCCUCUGCCACAAUGCACUUGCCAGCCACCAUUGGAGAUUACACUGACUUUUAUUCUUCUCGACAACAUGCUACCAAUGUUGGAAUCAUGUUCAGAGGGAAGGAAAAUGCUUUGAUGCCUAACUGGCUGCACUUGCCAGUGGGAUAUCAUGGACGAGCUUCCUCUGUGGUGGUAUCAGGCACGCCACUACGAAGACCUGCAGGACAAUUGUGCCCUGAUGAAAGCAAGCCUCCAGUACAGGGUGUUUCUAAACUUUUGGACUUUGAGUUGGAAAUGGCAUUCUUUGUAGGCCCUGGAAACAAACUUGGAGAACCAAUUCCCAUUAAUAAAGCCCAUGAGCAUAUUUUUGGAAUGGUCCUCAUGAACGACUGGAGUGCUCGGGAUAUCCAGAAGUGGGAGUAUGUUCCUCUAGGACCAUUCUUGGGGAAGAGCUUUGGAACAACCAUCUCCCCGUGGGUGGUGCCUAUGGAAGCACUCAUGCCAUUCACAUUGCCUAACCCAGUUCAGGAGCCUAAGCCUCUGCCUUAUCUCUGUCAUGAAGAGCCCUAUACGUUUGACAUCAAUCUCUUUGUUGCCCUGAAAGGGGAAGGAAUGAACCAACCAGUUACAAUAUGCAGAUCUAAUUUUAAGCACAUGUACUGGACGAUGAAGCAACAGCUUGUUCACCACACCAUCAAUGGCUGCAAUCUCCAACCUGGAGAUCUCUUGGCAUCUGGAACCAUUAGUGGGCCUAAUCCUGAAAACUUUGGGUCCAUGUUGGAAUUAUCAUGGCGGGGAACUAAGGUCAUCGAUCUUGGCAAUGGACAAACCAGAAAAUUUCUGCAAGAUGGAGAUGAAGUUAUUAUAACAGGAUACUGCCUUGGUAAUGGUUAUCGCAUUGGAUUUGGCCAGUGUACUGGAAAAAUACUUCCAGCAUCUUCAGUGUUAUGAAACUUUCACAUCUGAUGUAAAGAUGAAAUAAAAAGAAUUUCAGUCUCUCUUCCAA